AUGACACUUGAAAAUCUCAACAGCGUUGGCUUAGUGGGCCUAGGGUCUAUGGGAACAUGGAUGGCAGCUCAUCUCGCAGAGAAGUUACCUGCAACUACGCAGAUUUUUAUUUUUGACAAAGCUACCCCGCUCAUGAACGACCUAUCCUCAAGAUACCCCAAUAAAGUGGUCCAAUGUAUCAAUCCGAAAGAUGUUGCAGAUCGAUCGGAUAUCGUUCUGACAAUACUACCAGAAGGUAAACAUGUCAAAAGGGUUUAUCUGUCAGAAGAUGGAAUCUGUUCUGGUGAUAUCAAGGGAAAGCUUCUUAUAGAUUGCUCGACCAUCGACACGGCCAGCUUCCUAGAGGUUGGCGAUCAUAUAACAAACCUCUCGCCGUCAACAAAACUCUACGAUGCCCCGAUAAAUGGAGGAGAGACUGAAGCCAAAGAGGGUAGCAUCACAUUUCUACUAGGAUGCCCAAAUGACAACGAUCCACAGCUUGAAAGAUUGGUUGAAUUACUGUCCCUCGUGGGAUCCAAGGUUAUUCGAUGCGGAGCCCCAUCUCUUGGUCUAGCUGCCAAACUGUCGAGUGACUAUCUCUCUGGCAUAAUUACGAUAGCCUGUGCAGAGGCCAUGGACAUGGGAAUUCGCUGUGGAGUAGAUCCUCGAGUUCUGGCAAAUGUGUACGAGUCUGGCUCGGCACAGAAUACUAUCUGUGAUCGAUUCUGUCCUGUUCCUGGUGUGUACCCCGAAGCACCUCUAGCGAACGGAUUUAGGAAUGGCUUCGAUGUCCAAAUGAUGCGCAGGGAUUUCGGGUUAGCAGUGGCAUUAGCUCACAGGGCUGAGUCUCGAAAUGUCCUUGGUGGGGCUGGGUUGAAGAUCUAUGAAGGUGCUAGUGAGGAUCCGCGAUGUACAGAGCUAGACUCCAGGGUUAUCUUUCGUUAUUUAGGUGGUAAUGAGAACUGGCGGAAUGAUCAGAAAUGA